AUAAAAAAAAUACACCCAACCAAGACAAACCCCAUCCCACCAAAAUCUCCUCCCCAUUUCCCAAUAACACACUCCUCUAUUGCCACCACAAAGUCACAAACCACCACACCAAUGCCACUCCCACCCCCACUAACACUAACACUCUCACUAUUCCUCCUCAUCGCCGCCGCUUUCGCAACCGAAAUCCCUCGAUUCCGCGAAGCCCCGGCGUUCCGCAAUGGCGGAAACUGCGCCAUUGCGGGAUCGCCAGGGUCAACAAUCCACAUCGCAAUGACUCUUGACACAACCUACCUCCGUGGCUCAAUCGCCGCGAUAUUCUCAGUCCUCCGCCACUCCACCUGCCCGGAAAACAUCGCCUUCCAUUUUUUAACCUCCUCCCGACACUUCCAAGACCUUAAUCGCACGAUCACCACCACCUUCCCUUCCCUCUCCGUCUCUCUCCUCCACUUCGACCCUCUCCUCGUCCGCGGUAAAAUCUCCACCUCCAUCCGCCGCGCCCUCGACCAGCCCCUCAACUACGCGCGCAUCUACCUCGCCGAGCUCCUCCCUCCCUCCGUCUCCCGCGUGAUCUAUCUCGAUUCCGAUCUCAUCGUGGUCGACGACGUCGCCAAUCUCUGGAACAUCAACCUCGGCGGCCACGUCCUCGGGGCUCCCGAAUACUGCCACGCAAACUUCACCAGCUAUUUCACCCCAAAAUUCUGGACCACCUCAGAACUCUCAAAAACCUUCCUGAAGAGAGAGAAAAUUCCCUGCUACUUCAACACAGGGGUGAUGGUAAUCGAUGUAAACAAAUGGAGAAAAGGAGGGUACACAUCGAAAUUAGAACAUUGGAUGAGAUUGCAAAAACGACACCGUAUAUACCAGCUGGGUUCAUUACCACCAUUUUUGCUGGUUUUCGGGGGUGAAGUGCAGAAAAUAGAGCACAGAUGGAAUCAACAUGGUUUAGGUGGUGAUAAUAUUAGAGGGUUGUGUAGAGAUUUGCACCCAGGCCCUGUUAGCUUGCUACAUUGGAGUGGCAAGGGUAAACCUUGGCUUCGGAUUGAUUCUAAUCGCCCUUGUCCUUUGGACAGUCUAUGGGCCCCUUAUGAUCUCCUCUAUUCUCCUCCGUCGUCGUCCGCCGCAGUUCUCCUCUCCGACGGAUAAAAUUAUAAAUUAUUAGGUGAUUCAGGAUUGUCAGGUCGUGUACUAAGUGUACAUUAUUAGUUGUUUAUUGUGUAAUUACGGAAUUAAUAGAAUGAUAAGAUUGGCACAUUUGUUACA